AUGCAUCUCCACUCGUCUCUGCUCAGCUUCGUGCUGCUGUUCCUUCAAUCGACGAGUGUUGCCGUUGCCGCUUCCCCUAGCGCAGGCUCACCUCCAAAGACCUUCUAUGUCGCAGUCAAACUCACUCCGGAGCAGAUGAUGGAAAGGGGAGGGAUUCCAUCUCGAGGCACUACGGAAUUCCAUCCGACAAGCCUUGAGGAGGGAAAUCCGAACAGCGCCUAUGUUCCUUUAUACAAAACCUCGGCGCAUGCCGAAGCUGUAUUCGCUUGGGCUUCAGGCGGGACUCUGUUUGAGAUUCAGGCGGCGCCAUACUUUCUCAAGCAUUUGGUCAAGUGGGCAGCUCCUUAUGGUAUCCCCAUCGGGCUGAUACGAAGAUGGAUGGUGCAUGGUGUCAACGAGUGGGUGGACAAUUUAUAUUACAACACCGACUUUGAUUCGCUUGAAAGCCCAAGCAAUGAAGUAUCAAAUCUGUCGAACGAGUCCCAGGUUCGAGUGUGGAUGGACCGGACCGCCAAAGCCGUGGGGUGGAACGGCAGCCUGCCAUUUCUUGAACUACCCUCGGUAGCACCCUCGGCAGCCUUGGCGGUAGCGAACGAGAUUGCAAACGACGCUCAGAAAACUUUUCAAGCGGUCAAGGCGGUGGAGGAUGCGGCCAACGAUCACGAUAUGGCGAAAGGGUAUGACGCAGCUGUCAGUGCCACGAUCGCACAAGGGAAGAUUCCGUCCAAUCUCAGGGAGGUUGUCCGAAUCAUAAAACAUUCUCCCUGGACCUCUCUAUUAAUUUUCACGCAGGCCUGGGAGAACGCUACCAAGGCCGAGUCGUCCCGCGCCUAUGUCCAAGGGAUGGCCUGGACAAUACACGCCAAAAAUAUAUCGGAAAGCAUUCAUGGCGACUGUGAAAAGGCAAAGAAGAUCCAGCUGAAUAAAGCUGCCACGGCCCUUGCGCAUGCCACAUCGGAAGCGGAGCGGAUCGGGAUCUGGACAAGGGUACUGCAGGCAAAAAUCAACAUGACGGCGACAAAGCAUUCCUACUUGCAAGGGGUACUUGCAGGGAGAGAUGCCGCCGAGAUUGAGUCCGUUACGCUUGACUUCUGGCCCGGAAAAGUGUGCGAGUCUAAGCCGGAGGCAAUUGAACGAGAAGCAUUCCAAGCACGAAGGUUGAACGGCGUAUACGAAGAUCAAUAUAAAACGCUCAGCAAUAUACACCGAGAGGUUUUUGUCGCUUUAAAGAAGCUACAGAUGCAUCUUCAGGAACGAGGGGAAACGGAACCAAUAACGCCAGAGUCGAAGCAAAUCGUGGACACGGUAUUGGAAGAGCCGCAGGAAUUAACCGAGUCUGAGUUGGAACAAAUCGAACAUGAAUUGGAGAAGGUAGAGACGCUCGUAGAGGUCAUAAGGAGCAGCCCCGUUCUGAAUCCCUUUGACAUUAUAAAACGAGUACUCCUUUGGGUAUUUGUUGGUAUGGUCUCGGCAGUAUUAGCCGCAAGUACAGGCAUGGUCGUCCAGGGUACAAUAAGCCAUGGAUCGAUUGCGCCAUUGGCAGCCUCCUUGACUAACUUGGCCCCGGCUGCCGACACCUGGGCGCAGGGGACACAACUCAUCAGGCGAUUUUCGCGAAGAACGAUGGACAGCGUACUGGAGCAGUUUCAGCGGAUCGAGGGGCGGAGAAACAUCCCCGGGCAGUACGAGCACCUGGAGAAGGUAAACAGAAUGGAGAUGGAGAUGGCGCAAAGAAGGAUUCAAGAAGGGAGGCUAUUGGAAAUCGAGACGGUGGAUAUUAGUGCGAUAUUGAAGGGAGCUUCGAACCGGGCGUUCGACGAAGCGACUGAAGAAAUAUUGGUACAGGGGAUUCAGCAGCAAGCAAGUUUCUCAGGAGGGGAGGGUACAUCCGCCAUGGGGUUAAUCACGUAA